AUGUGCAAGUCUGAUACCUAUGUGCUUGAUGCGAGCUUCAAGCCGGACGAGUUCUUGGCAGACAUUAAGGCUGCUAAGGCUGCCGUGGGCGAGGCCACAGAGGAGGAUGCCAAGCACUUGCAACGCUUGGUCUUCAUCUCCCAGGUCCUUCUGUAUGGAGGCCAUGUGCUGCUGCUCCUGGGUGCGGCCAUGCCUUCUUGGAGCACGGCACUGCUGACCUGCUUUGCAGGAGCCAGCAUGAUCAGCUUCGCCCGAUGCAUGAAAUGGACGAUUAUUGGACACCACGUCUCUCACGGAGGUUAUGACAAGCUUCAGAAGAGUCAUCCGACUGCACUGCCAGCGCACUACAAGCGAGGGGUUUUUGCAGUCGGCUUUCGCCGCUUCUUGGACUGGCUGGACUGGAUGCUGCCGCAAGCUUGGGAUGUGGAGCACAACAAGGCUCACCACUACUACCUCUCUGAAGAGAAGGAUCCAGACCUUGUCGAGCACAACUUUGAGAUUCUGAGAAAGUUUCCUUUGCCAAGCGCCUUGAAAUACAUGUCGAUGUUCAUGUGGGUGUUCACCUGGAAGUUCACCUACUACUCGCCCAACACAUUCAAGGAGCUGGCUUUGUCCAAGAAAGAGGGCUGGCUGGCGCGCAACUGGCCAAGCUGGAACAAGAAGACUGACCCCGUUGUGGUGUUCGACGUUUUCCGAAUGCCGUUGGAGGCUCUUCUACGAGGCACUGUUAAGGACUCCUUCUAUUGGAUGUACUUCUUUGCGCAGUGGUUUGCCGUGAUUCUGCCCAUGAUCAUUUCUGUGGUUGUCCCUGCAGCGUGGCCACUUGCGCUUAGCCAAGCUGGGCUCUGGCCUGGCUUCAGCACUGUCAGGGAGGCAACGAUUCGAUUGCUGGUGGCGUCUGUGGUGGCAGACCUGAUGUCAAAUGCCCAUGCUUUUGUCAUCAUCGCUUGCAAUCACUCUGGCGGUGAUCUUUACAGGUACUCCACAUCUUGCAAGGCCUUCUCUGCUGAAUUUCUGCUGCGAUGCUCGUACUCGUCGGCCAACUUUGAAUGCGGCAAUGAGCUUAUUGACAUCAUCUACGGUUGGCUUAACUACCAGGUGGAACACCACAUGUACCCUGACUUGACACCGCUGCAGUACCGCAAGCUGCAGCCGCUUGUGAAGAGCGUCUGCAAAAAGCAUGGCGUGAUGUAUGUGCAGCAAAAUGCAUUGACCCGCACUUGGAAGAUGUUCCAGGUGGCAGUUGGAGAUGCGCAAAUGAAGCGCUGCACGGAGCCUUGA